GAAUCUGGGGUGGGCGGGGGCAGCCCGGGACUCGGGGGCUCCCAGGGUCGCCAUGGCAACGCACCCCCCUCGUUUUCCUUCCCGUCCCCGCCUCCACCCUGGGGCCCAGUGGCUGAGGACUUGGGGUCCGCCGGCUUCGUGGGAGUGGGCCGGCCUGGGCGUCUCCGGGUGGAAGAACACUCGAAGACAAGCCAUGACUUUCCAGGUUUGGGGGUGGCGGAGGGAAGACGCAGCUCAGGCCUCAGCCUGGGCUGCCGACGCCGAGGGCGGCAGAGGGGGAGCGAUGCCGUGCAGGACGCUGGCUACGAGAGACCCCACAGCUGUGGAGAGAGCCAACUUGUUGAACAUGGCUAAGCUGAGCAUCAAAGGCCUCAUUGAAUCUGCCCUGAGCUUCGGCCGCACUCUGGAUUCUGACUACCCGCCCCUGCAGCAGUUCUUCGUUGUUAUGGAACACUGCCUGAAACACGGGCUUAAAGUAAGAAAAUCAUUUUUGAGUUAUAACAAAACCAUCUGGGGCCCUUUGGAGCUAGUGGAGAAGCUAUAUCCAGAGGCCGAAGAAAUAGGAGCCAGUGUUCGGGAUCUACCUGGCCUGAAGACCCCACUGGGUCGUGCAAGAGCAUGGCUGCGGUUAGCCCUCAUGCAGAAAAAGAUGGCUGACUACCUGCGCUGCUUAAUUAUCCAGAGGGAUCUCUUCAGUGAGUUCUAUGAGUAUCAUGCACUGAUGAUGGAGGAAGAAGGAGCAGUAAUUGUCGGGCUGCUGGUUGGCCUGAACGUGAUAGACGCUAACCUGUGUGUCAAGGGAGAGGACUUAGACUCACAGGUUGGAGUGAUUGAUUUUUCCAUGUACCUAAAGAAUGAAGACGAUAUUGGAAAUAAAGAAAGGAAUGUGCAAAUUGCUGCCAUUUUAGAUCAAAAGAAUUAUGUUGAAGAAUUAAAUAGACAACUAAACAGCACAGUCAGCAGCCUUCAUUCCAGAGUUGACUCACUGGAAAAGUCAAAUACGAAGCUGAUUGAAGAGUUAGCAAUUGCAAAGAAUAACAUCAUUAAACUCCAAGAAGAGAAUCAUCAACUACGAAGUGAAAAUAAGUUGAUUUUAAUGAAAACACAGCAGCAUCUAGAGGUAACAAAAGUGGAUGUGGAAACUGAAGUUCAGACGUAUAAGCAUUCCCGGCAGGGGCUGGAUGAAAUGUACAAUGAAGCCAGAAGACAGCUGCGGGAUGAAUCUCAAUUACGGCAGGAUGUGGAGAACGAGCUAGCGGUACAAGUAAACAUGAAACAUGAGAUUGAACUUGCUAUGAAGUUGUUGGAGAAAGAUAUCCAUGAGAAACAGGAUACCUUGAUAGGCCUUCGACAGCAACUCGAGGAAGUUAAAGCAAUUAACAUAGAGAUGUAUCAAAAGUUGCAGGGCUCUGAAGAUGGAUUGAAAGAAAAAAAUGAAAUAAUUGCCCGACUAGAAGAAAAAACCAAUAAAAUCACUGCAGCCAUGAGGCAGCUGGAACAGAGAUUGCAGCAAACAGAGAAGGCGAAAAUGGAAGCUGAAGAGGAAGAUGAGAAAUACCUGCAAGAGUGUCUGAGUAAAUCCGACAGUCUGCAGAAACAAAUCUCCCAAAAGGAGAAACAGCUGGUACAGCUAGAAACGGAUCUGAAGAUUGAGAAGGAGUGGAGGCAGACUUUGCAGGAAGAUCUUCAGAAGGAGAAAGAGGCCUUAUCUCAUCUCAGAAAUGAGACCCAACAAAUGACUGGUCUUAAAAAAGAGUUCCUCAACCUCCAGGAUGAAAACCAGCAGUUGAGAAAAGUCUAUCAUGAGCAAGAGCAAGCUCUUCAAGAACUUGGCAGCAAGCUCAGCGAAUCAAAACUCAAAAUAGAAGACAUAAAAGAAGCCAACAAAGCAUUACAGGGACUGGUUUGGCUGAAAGACAAAGAAGCGACACACUGUAAACUCUGUGAAAAAGAAUUUUCACUUUCAAAAAGAAAGCACCACUGUAGAAACUGUGGGGAGAUUUUUUGUAACGCCUGCUCUGACAACGAACUGCCUUUGCCUUCUUCACCAAAGCCAGUGCGGGUCUGUGAUUCCUGUCAUGCGCUGCUCAUUCAGAGAUGCUCAUCUAACCCGCAGUGACACUCCAGGACCAAACCCACCUACAGGAUCAUGUAUACAAGCUGUCCAGACAGCCUUUCUUACGCAGCUUUCAGCCAGGUAGUUAACUGGGGUAGUUGAGCUACUUAUUCAGCUCAUGGCCAUUAUAAAUAGGAUGAUUUCCUGAAUUCUGUUACUCAGAAUUUUCAACAAAGCAUGCUUUAAACAAGAUUGGCUAAAUUAUUAAUGUAAUCAUGUAACCCUUAUCUCCUUGCAAGGUCAGAUAGAAUAGAUAACACACCCUUGCCUUAUCUUCUGAAAAGGCCUUUUCAAAAAUAAGGCUUGUUUUGUCCUAGAUUGUCACAUUGAUAUGACGGUGCCUGCGAUUCUCUAAUGCACUUUAAAGCUUCACAGUUUUGAAACUGGAAAAGCAUCAAUCUUAACGUAUUAAUAUUCAAUCCAACACGUUUUCCAGUUAUCUUGGUGUAUAGCUCAGCUCCAUUUGCACUGUUUCCUUCUUUGCCUCUUGU